GCAAUAUCCAGAAUUGCCACCAGUCGGCUGACAAACACAGUUGUUGGCGUGCCAUGGCCAUCAGUGCAGCAGCCUUCCAAGAAUGCCUUCUCAAGGAGCUGAAACAUUUCCGGGAUGCCAACCGGGUCCUCACUGAGGAGGAGCGCCGGCAAGCGUUAAGUGGGCUCAACCGAUUGGUGCGGCCACGUUCUGCACCUUUGAGUUCCUUGACCAGGAUCAACUCAGCGCCGGACUUGACGGUGGGCUCCCCCGUUCGCCUUGCCGGUCUUCGAAGCCGUGCAGAAUUCAACGGGACCAUUGGCGAGGUGCUAGAGCGAGAGCCUGACUCGCACGGACAGUUGUUGGUGCGAAUCUUUCCAGAAGGUGCCUCCCAGAAGAUUGUGUGGGUGAGUCCUGAGAAACUUCGCUUUUAGGUGCGACAUGGUCUAAAGAGCCUACAACCAAUUCUCACGAAGUAUGCAGGAGUGCAGGCAAGCUUUCCUUGUGGACAGCAGCUAGGGUAGAACUUGAAUCCAAUCUGUUUGGUCACCCUGGUCCGUCCUCGUUCAGAUGAAGCAUCAAAAAGAACGAGGACGGACCAGGGCGAAGGCUUCACCACACUCACCAAGCCAAGAUGGUGACUGAUCAAAGAACACUUCGAACCUGUCCAUUCAGACAACCCCUCUCAAAAGCCAAAGCAAGGGAUUGACGAGGGAGCUGCAGUUUGGAUCCUGUCUCCCUGGAAGGCAUCGCCACUACAUACGCGCGCUGGAAGGCAGUGGCUCUCCAAACCACUGAGGCACUUGGCUCACAAGUCCUUCCACGCUGCUCCCAAUGGGGGCUUUUUCAGUGAGAGCACUUCGUUGCCCGCACUGAUGCGAGACUCGCAGCGCCCCAACGCGGUGAAUGGAGCCUGACGCCAAGGAGGCAAUAGUUCGCUUAGACUGACCGAACGGUCCUGUAUCUCGGACUUCGGGCAAAGCCCGGAGAUUCAAGGCACUUCGAAAACAGCAGACUGGCUGAUGCUGAUGUGGCAUCAUCUUCUUGGAUACUUCCAAUCCAUCCUCAUUUCAUC